CUCCCCCGAGGCGUGGCCCCUCGGUCGGGGAGGUGGGCCAACCGGCUCCUUCCUUCCCGUAGCUCGCUAGCUCCCGCCGGCCACCCCGGGACCGCAGCCACGUCUGAAAGCGCCUCAUUGUGUGCGCUCGGGCGCGCUGCGCAGGUCAGCACCGAGGGUUGCUGGCCGGCGCGCGGGGAGUAGAGGGCGCGGGCCGCAGUGCGGGGCUCCGGAGGGAGCUCUGCGCCGCGUCCUUCCCUGUGGUAGCCCCAGGGCACCUCCAUCCUUAACAUCCCAUUCUGGGACUCCUGCCCUGUUCCCAGAUUGGCUCUGUCUCUAGUCUCCAGGAGCUUCCAGUGGAUUGGUCCCCCCCCAACUCUCGUCCAUGCCUCUUAGAGCCCCUUUCCCAGCCUCACCGGUGUCCGUUAAUAGUCUUGGGACCUUAAGGAGCAAGUCAGCCCCUGCGGACUCUCCCAGUGAAGAGAAAAAGCUGGCUGUGCGGUGGAACUUGGAAGAGACGACUUCUGGGAGCCUUUGCUGAGCCCAGGGAGGGAGGCGUCCCCCACCGUGCCGCUCCUGCUCGGGCAGAGCCGCCAAGCUUUGAGAGUGUGACUCCAUCGCCAUCCUGCUUUACCAGGUACUGAGGAGCCUAUCAUCAUCUCCCAUGGAUUUAUGAUCAGCGUUGCAGCUCUCCCAGCAGCCCUGGACAGUGGCCCCCAGCAGUCAGCAUGUGGCUGCCGCGAGUCUCCAGCACAGCAGUGACCGCGCUCCUCCUGGCGCAGACCUUCCUCCUCCUCUUUCUGGUUUCCCGGCCAGGGCCCUCGUCCCCAGCAGGCGGCGAGGAGCGCGUGCAUGUGCUGGUGCUGUCCUCGUGGCGCUCGGGCUCGUCCUUCGUGGGCCAACUCUUCAGCCAGCACCCCGAUGUCUUCUACCUAAUGGAGCCGGCGUGGCACGUGUGGACCACUCUGUCGCAGGGCAGCGCCGCAACGCUGCACAUGGCUGUGCGCGACCUGGUGCGCUCCGUCUUCCUGUGCGACAUGGACGUGUUUGAUGCCUAUCUGCCUUGGCGCCGCAACCUGUCCGACCUCUUCCAGUGGGCCGUGAGCCGUGCACUGUGCUCGCCACCCGCCUGCAGUGCCUUUCCCCGAGGCGCCAUCAGCAGCGAGGCGGUGUGCAAGCCACUGUGCGCGCGGCAGCCCUUCAGCCUGGCCCGGGAGGCCUGCCGCUCCUACAGCCACGUGGUGCUCAAGGAGGUGCGCUUCUUCAACCUGCAGGUGCUCUACCCGCUGCUCAGUGACCCCGCGCUCAACCUGCGCAUCGUGCACCUGGUGCGCGACCCGCGGGCCGUGCUGCGCUCCCGGGAGCAGACAGCCAAGGCUCUGGCGCGUGACAACGGCAUCGUGCUGGGCACCAAUGGCACGUGGGUAGAGGCCGACCCCGGCCUGCGCGUGGUACGCGAGGUGUGCCGUAGCCACGUACGCAUCGCCGAGGCCGCCACACUCAAGCCGCCACCCUUCCUGCGCGGCCGCUACCGCCUAGUGCGCUUCGAGGACCUGGCGCGGGAGCCGCUGGCAGAAAUCCGUGCGCUCUACGCCUUCACCGGGCUGAGUCUCACACCACAGCUCGAGGCCUGGAUCCAUAACAUCACGCACGGAUCUGGACCUGGUGCACGCCGCGAAGCCUUCAAGACUUCAUCCAGAAAUGCGCUCAACGUCUCCCAGGCCUGGCGCCACGCGCUACCCUUUGCCAAGAUCCGCCGCGUGCAGGAACUGUGCGCUGGUGCCCUGCAGCUGCUGGGCUACCGGCCUGUAUACUCUGAGGACGAGCAGCGCAACCUCGCCCUUGAUCUGGUGCUGCCACGAGGCCUGAACGGCUUUACCUGGGCAUCGUCCACCUCCUCGCACCCCCGGCAUUAGUGGAGGCCACAGUUGUAGCGGGUGCCAGGUCCAGGAGGAGAGUGCAUGGUGCAGAGGGGGCUGGGGCACACGGAGAAGCAGGUCCCUAUAUUGACCAAGGAGUUCGUGGUACCCCCCUGAAGUAGGCAAGGACUGCACGUUUCUUUCUCUCCUGAUUAUUGGUUUUCCUGAGUCCUCUGGAACUGCCUUCUCCUCAGGUUCACUCUUCAUGGAAAGCAACUUUUGCCCCUACCUCCUCUGGGCACAGGGUGUGCGUUCAGAUGACUUGGCUCCUACUCAAGGGCUUUCUUCCCCUUUAACUCUCUCCUUCUGGGGAUACAUCCUGCAGCAGCUGAGGGGGUGCCCUAGCACUGGCCGGGAGUGGAGAGGCACUGUGGUGAUAAGACUCCAAAGGUCUGUACAUCACAUACACAUGCACACAUGCACACAUGGCAAAACUCAGAAGUGAAAGGACUUGUCCAAAACCACAUGGUGAGAAGGAGGAUGAAGGGAGGAGAGAGCUUUUGCUCUGGGGCUCCAGUGGGGAGGAGAGGCCCUGCCUCCUGGGUGAGAAGGGUCAGAUUUUCCCAUUUUAAUUGCUUUCGGGAAGAGCAAGCAGAGUCACGGCCAGGGACACAGCUGAGAGAUUGUAGGGGCCAGCCCUACUGGGUCUGUGGGUUUUUCUCCCCAUGUGCGGAGACGAGAGAUCGUAGAAAUAAAGGAUACAAGACAGAGAGAUAAAAGACAGCUGGGCCUGGGGGACCACUACCACCAAGAUGCAGGGACUGGUAGUGGCCCUGAAUGCCUGGCUGUGCUGUUAUUUAUUGGAUACAAAGCUAAAGGGUAAAGAGUGUGAGUCAUCUCCAGUGAUUGAUGAGGUCACGUGAGUCACAUGUCCAGCGGACAGGGGGCCCUUCCCUGUUAGGUAGCCGAGGUGGAGAGAGGGCAGCUUACAUCAUUAUUUCUCCUAUGCUUUUUUCAGAAAGAUCAAAGACUUUAAUACUUCCACUAGUUUUGCUACUGCUAUCUAGAGGGCAGAGCCAGGUGUACAUGAAAGUGAAACAGGAGCGUGACCGCUGAAGCACAGCAUCACAGGGAGACGGUUAGGCCUCCCGAUAACUGUGGGCGGGCCUGACUGAUGUCUAGCUCUGACUACCACUAGACCACGGUCCGCUUGGUGACAGGCGUCUUCCCAGACGCUGGCAUUACCGCUAGACCAAGGGGCCCUCUGGUGGCCCCCUCUGGGCAUGACAGAGGGCUCACACUUGUCUUCUGGUCACUUCUCACCAUGCCCCUUCAGCUCCUAUCUCUGUAUGGCCUGGAUUUUCCUAGGUUAUAAUUGUAGAGCAAGGAUUAUUAUAAUAUUGGAAUAAAGAGUAAUUGCUACAAACUCAUGAUGAAUGAUAUUCGUAUAUAAUCAUAUCUAUGAUCUCUAUCUAGUAGAACUAUUCUUAUUUUAUGUAUUUUAUUAUACUGGAACAGCUCGUGCCCUCGGUCUCUUGCCUUGGCACCUGGGUGGCUUGCCACCCACAACAGAUAGAGGAGGCUUUGAAUGCUGAGACCAGAGCUUAUCAUCCUGGACAGGCCUGGAGGGAGACAAUAAGUGGGAAAGGUAGGGGGAGAGAAGGCUGGGGAGGGCUGGGCAGAGAGCCAGGCAUAGUGAGUGGCAGAGCAAGACGGGGACAGCAGGAUCAGUGCCUGGAAGGCAGGUGUGCCCGUCAGGGGGAAGUGGAACUCAUCAGGCUUGCCAAGAGGUUGGAAGGGAAAUGGCUCUGGGUUGGAUCUGUCUUCCCUUGGUCCUUCCGGGCCAGGCCUUGGAGGAGAGCAAAGGAUGAUCCCUGCCUGUGAGCCACACUUCCUAGCUCUGGGGGCAAAAGGGCUUAGUAAAGGAAUGCUGGAUGUGUAUAGGGUUUAGUCCCAAGCUCAGGAAAUGAGAGUCAGUAAGUAUCCGGUACAUGUUUAAAAGAAAAGCUCACGGAACCUCUGGAAAGGACGGGGAAGCUGAGUUAGCCACAUAAAUGAACCCAAGUCACACUGGAACACAGAGCUGGUCUGGGAACUGUGUUGGAUGCCACCAGAGCUUCUGACCCUGUUACCUGUGAAAUGAGGCAGUUUCCCUCACGGUUGCCAUCAGCUACCAGGAGGGAUGCAGGUGGUCACCAGCUUCUGAUCCUCAUCCUGGCUGUGGCCAUAGAUGGGGGGAUCCUGGAUUGUGGAGCCACAUCGUCCCUGCAAAGCAGGCAGGGCAAGGGAGAUCUGACGUUUUCUGCUUUACGUGGAGGGAGCAGAGGCACAUUA